AUGAGAGUUUUUUCAAGCAAAAAACAGCUCAGAAACUUUAUCAUUAGUGUGUCAGUGCUAUCUCUUUGUUUCGUAUUUAUAAUAUUUCUACUGACAAUAGUACACAGCAAAAGCAAUCCCAGCAGUUCUAGCGCAUCUCUAUCUGAGUGUCAGCAGUCUUGGCCAGCAAAACAUGUGAAGUUCGCAGAAAACUCACUCAAUAGCAAUACCACAAGCAUUUCUCACAACAGAACUUACUAUUCACCAGCACAACGUAUAGCGUAUUUUUCAUCUUCAAAUACUAGCUAUUCUGUGCCAAAAAUGAAUCCACGUACGGCAAUAAGCCCAAGUAGAGUAACAGUUCCACAAGUUAAUCCUUCAAGAAUAAUAAUACCUCGAAGUUAG